AUGGAGUCCUACGUGGAGACUAUCCUCAGAAUUGAAUACUUGGACCAAGUGACGUUGGAGGCACUUCGGCUCUACCCUCCCGUGGCCGGAUUUAUCACGAGAACCUGCGAAAAAGACUAUCACUAUAAGAGUCUGAAGAUUCCUAGUGGGAUGACUAUUUUGAUUCCGGUGCACCAACUACACCGCGACCUCAAUCUCUGGAACCAACCUGAAGCCUUUGACCCGGACAGAUUCAGCGCUUGUAACAAGAGCAUCUUGAACUCCGUGCAGUAUCAAGCAUUCGGAAAUGGACCACGGCGCUGCAUGGGCAUGCGUUUUGCUCAGCUGGAAUUGAAGAUCGCAUUUGCCAAGAUCUUGGCAAACUACAGCUUGUUUCUCGACGAGAGGCACUUUGGGGCAAAUCAACUUAAACUGAAGACUUCGUUCAUCUUCGCCAAUCCUCGCGAUGGUGUUUGGAUCAAGCUCAAGAAGGUUUCCCGUCAGUCUUGCGACAACAAAGCAUCGUGA